ACAACUUUCACACUUUAUAAAAUUGGUAUGCAUUAGCAUUUUGUCAAGUAUUGAUCGUCUUGAUUUUAAAGGAUUACGUUGUUGUCUCAGCUAAUUAUUAUUUUAAUAGCCAACUUUACACAACAUUAGCGAAGAAUGAUAUUUCUUAAACUUUUGGUCUUUGCCACUACUCUGGCACAUUAUGCAAAGUGUCAAACUGAAGGACCGUUGUUUUUAACUCCUUUGAUAAAAUCAGGAAGGAUUUUAGAGGCCCAAAACUUGUCUCUUGUUCGUAGCUUUUACGCCGGUGUGACAAGUUACAGUGGAUUUAUCACUGUCCGGGAUGACUACAACUCAAAUUUGUUCUUUUGGUAUUUCCCUGCGGUGAUAAAUAGUUCAAGCGCACCCGUUUUACUGUGGUCCGAAGGUGGCCCAGGAGUUACAGGAUUUCAUUCCAUAUUCAAUCACAAUGGGCCAUUUGCCGUGGAUGGGGACCAAAAUCUCACAACCCGGAAUAAUUCAUGGCAUCAAACUAGAAAUAUUAUAUUCCUCGAUAGUCCAGUUAACGUUGGAUUCAGUUUCACGGAAUCUGAGGCUGGAAAUAUCCAUAGCGGACCCGAGGCGGCUCCUGACAUUUACGAAUUUCUCAUCCAAUUUUUCAAACUGUUCCCUUACUUGCAAGGAAAUGACUUUUACAACGGUGGCGUGUCUUAUGGAGCUACUUACGCCACCGUCCUGGCAAACUAUAUCCACGAAAGAAAUCAAGAGUCCCCAGAGCUCAGGAUAAAUUUGAAAGGCCUGCUCCUGGAGUCGCCCUGGGUCGACCCCUACAGCCAGACAGACUAUGGAGCCUACUUGCUGAAUGUGGGCUUAAUUGAGGAGGCUGAUAAGCAAGACUUUGACAUCAAGCGCGACAAUAUGAAAACUUUGAUAACUUCAGGAGACUAUGUUGGAGCAUUUGGGAUUUGGAGUAAAUUGAUUGGAAUUGAUGUCACAAAUGUAGUGGGUUACUCUCCACUUUACCACAUUAACCGGGAUCAAGUGACAAACUUUAAUUUUACCGACUUUGUGGCAUCUGAGCAAGCGAGGGAUGCUUUGCAUGUUGGAAAUGUUUCCUUCUCGUGGGUUAGUCCUCUAGUGCAAUCCAACAUGAACGCUAAUUUCAUGAUGCCGGUCAAGAAUCUACUGGAAAAUAUCUUGGAUACGGGAUUGUACAAAGUGAUAAUCUUUGUUGGAAAUAUGGAUGUAAUCACUGGACACCUCGGAGUCCAACAAACAUUGUCCAACUUGAACUGGGAGGGAAGGGAUGAAUUGAAAAAUAGCACCAGAGGAAUUUGGCACGUUGAUGGAAGAGUCGCAGGCUACGUCCACACGGCCAGAAAUGUGACUCAUGUUCUAAUCCGGAACGCAGGUCAUGGUACGAAUGGAGACCAGCCCAUCUGGGGACUAGACUUGGUCAACAAGUUUAUGGCAGGUUUACCACUUGUUCCAUAGAUUCGUCAUAUUUCAAUCUAUAUGUAUGUAUCUACACAGAUUGUGUGUAAUAGUAAAAACAUGUGCAGAUAUAAAUAUUCAGGAAAUAAAAUACACGAGAGUCUACAACUCUGCAUGUUAUUGCCAAGAAA